CGUUUUAUAGCGGUGCAUACUCUGUAGCAAAUGCCCUGGAGGCUAGCCUAGAAUUUAGAUUUUAUUUUGGCUUGGUUGGUGCUGAAAAUGCUGCAAUGAAGGCGGGAGCCCUCGAAGUGUCUGAUAGUAUCAAUGAGUUAUGGGGUGUCACUAUUGGCUUCGAGAAUGAUCAGCAUGAAGAAACUCUUCCUUCCCAACCCCUUGCUAGCAGUGGAGGCACUAUGAAUAACCAGGUCUCCUGUCACACUCAAGACUUUUGGGCCCCCCUUAUGCCAACGUCUGUUGCUCUCGCUAAUACCCAUCUCGGAGCCUUUCCUGUCCUAUCCCAACUCCAAUCAGACAUCUCUAUGGCAACCACAAGCAUGGCGUCUGUUAUCCAACCGGCACUUCCUCCUCUUUCGCAGAACCGAGCCAAUGAUCGCAUCCUAUGUGGGCAAGCAGGUUGUAGUGUGAGUUUCAAGCGCAUGGCCGAUCGUACACGUCAUCUACAGCACCGGCACAGUCGAACCCGGUGCUUCUGCCCGAUUACAGGCUGUGCUAAGAGCCAUGGUACUGGAUUUAGUCGACCUGACAAAGUCACAGAGCAUUUGUGGAAGGCUCAUGCAAACUUGGGAUUCACGAAGAGUAACUAGAGUUAGCUAUUGGGAAUAUGUUAGCCUCGGGAGCACAGAACUGGUGGAUCAUGUAAUGUAGAUGACACCAAUCAAGAGCCCUACUCUCAGUUUCAGGGCGUAUCGUGGGGUGUUGAAUGUCAUUUAGGCGUGAAGUUACUUGAAAGUCGUUUUAAGUUAAAUCUAUGUCGGUUUCUCAUCACGUGUAUUAUCACAUUGCAGUGAGCCGUCGACAUCAGCAAUGUUAACAACCAGCCCUCUUGCAAUGGUACUCGGCAAAACUCUAAAGGCUGAACUAUGAGUGACCAAUCAUGCGUGACUUGAUGAAGGAACCCAAAUAAUCUCCCAGAACGAUCCUUGAGCUUUUCUGGUUUUAUCUUAGCGGCAAAUGGGGAGUCAAAACAAUACGC